AGACUUACAUUGGAUUCUCUAUUGUCUGCGACCUGUACCAACCUACCAUCAUACGGUACAGAUACCUUCGACAAUGAGUGCCAAAGAUUGGGUCUCAGGACCACACAUCCCAGCUGUUGUUCAAGCACUGGGAGCAUUCGCCGUGGCUGCAGGCGUAAGUGCAGCCAUCCAUUGGUAUCUUUCUCGUGACAGUCAGAAGGAAGCAUCAGAGGGUGCUGAGGCUGGCUUAGAGAGAGACCAAGAUGUGAUAGAAGAUGGGCAGUUCCCAAGGGAUAGCCCAGAAGUUCCUGAUGAAGAACCAGGAGAGAACAUCCAGGCACCACAGGUCAGUGACCAAGACGUGAUAAAAGAUGGACGGUGCCCAAGGGAUAGUCCUAAAGUUCCUGAUGAAGAACCAGGGGAGAACAUCCAGGCACCACAGGUCAGUGACCAAGACGUGAUAAAAGAUGGAUGGUGCCCAAGGGAUAGUCCUAAAGUUCCUGAUGAAGAACCAGGAGAGAACGUCCAGGCACCACAGGUCAGUGAGCAAGACGUGAUAAAAGAUGGACGGUGCCCAAGGGAUAGUCCAGAAGUUCCUAAUGAAGCUCCAGGAGAGAAACAUCUGCAAUCUCUGAGGAAAAGGGCAGUUCAGAGAGUCGCAACUGGAACUUUCGGGACAGAGGCAGUCCAGGGAGUCGCAAGAGGAUCUUUCGUUUCCAUCCCUAAGCACCUCCAUUAUGGAGACGUAGCAGAGAGGUUCCAGCUGACACUGGGAAACUGCCUACCACUGUUACAGAUGGCAAGGGAGAACCACGUGCCAGGACUUCUUCAUGCACUUUACACCGUGCUGAGUGACAACUACCUGAAUGUGCUGAAGGACUCCGCCAUUUAUGGACAUCUGACUGGCUCACAGAGGAAGCGGAUUCUCCAGAUGAGAAUGACGGGAACAUUGUCUCUGUGUAAAGUUAAAGUGAGGGGCGCGCUUGAUUUGAAUACGCACACCGGGUGUUCAGCGGAGGCCGAUCAGUCUCUGUGCGGAGCUCAACUUUACUCGCUUCAUAUGUAUGCGCACCGCUGGACAAUGGUGACCGCUGUCCCAGAGGAAGCCUGCCUCGUAGGAUGCAGCAUGUGCUCUAUGCACAACUAUCUGUUCAUUGCAGGAGGCAUACGAAAGACCAAUGAGGGCUCGGUAUGCACCAACACAUUCAUGUGUUAUAACCCGCGUACUGGUAUCUGGAGCCGACUUCCACCUAUGAUACAAGCAAGGUCCCAUCUGAAGCUCAUCCCGCUUGACGGCUGCCUGUAUGCCAUAGGAGGAAAGGACCUGAAUACUAUGGAAAAGUAUGAUCCAAAGUCAGACACCUGGACCCUUGCGGCUCCUCUCCCUAAAGGCUCAUGUCCAGUAGUUCAUGAAGCGGCCGCCUGUGGAGGUAGAAUUUAUCUCACCAGGAAAGAUGCACAUCACCGGCUCUUCUGUUACACACCCGGCCGUGACCGGUGGAAGAGAUAUCCGUAUGAAGCCUGCCGGGGCCGCCCCUGUGAUAUGGUGGCAAUCGGCAGCAGCCUUUACAGAUUUGACCUAAGAGAGGACUCUGUCAAUAUUAUACAGUACGAUACCACCACCAAGAAGCAGUCGCAGUAUAGAACAACUUUCCCCGGCAGCAAGGCUCCCUUCAGAUGCGCUGCACUGCAAUACAGCAUCUACUGCGCCAACACAGAGACAACUGCGCGCUUCUCAGUGCACAAUGGAAAAGCUGAGCUGCAGUCCGCCGAUUUCAGAACAGUUCCCGUCCGGGGUGUAGACUACCCGUGCCUCGUUGGAUUAUACCUCCGGCCAUCAUUCACAGAAACAUCUAUAUAAUUGUCACAGCGCACCGGAUCCCGGCAACGAUCUGCAGUUGUUGGCCGUGGAGGUGACAUCACAGCUAUGACCUCAUACGUGCAGGGCGGGAAAGGCAGCCACACACUGACAGUGUCCCUCUACCAUCUCCAGGAAUGAGCCCAUGCAAG